UUCACCAGUCAACAAGAACAGUGGACUGCUUAAUAUCACCUUUAAAUAUGACAACUGUACUCCUUAUUUGAAUUCAGUGGGAAAACAUGUGAUUGGUGAUGUGCAGAAUAUAACAAUCAGCCAGUAUGCCUGUUAUGAACAAGUUGCAGUUCUAGUUCUGUGGACAGCAAAUGCCCUGGGGAUUGAAUUUCUGAAAGGGUUUAGAGUAAUACUUGAGGAGUUAAAAUCAGAGGGAAGACAAUGUCAACAAAUGGUUUUAAAAGACCCAAAGCAGCUCAACUCCAGCUUUAAAAGAAAUGGAAUGGAAUCUCAGCCUUUUCUAAAUCUGAAGUUUGAAACGGAUUAUUUUGUAAAGAUUGUUCCUUUUCCUUCCAUUAAAAAUGAAAGUAACUACCACCCGUUUUUCUUCAGAACUCGGCCCUGUGAAUUGUUGCUGCAGCCAGAAAACCUUGCCUGCAAGCCCUACUGGAAGCCAAGGAAUCUGAAUGUUACUCAGCAAGGUUUUAACAUGCAAGUAUCUUUUGAUCAUGCACCUCACAACUUUGGGUUUAGAUACUAUUACCUCCACUACAAACUUAAGCAUGAAGGACCUUUUAAACAAAAGACUUGUAAACAGGAACAAAACACUGAUAUCACAAGCUGUGUUCUUCAGAAUGUAUCUCCAGGGGAUUAUAUCAUUGAGCUGGUCGAUGACACUAAUACAACAAGGAAAACAAUGCACUAUUCAUUAAAACCAGUGCAUUCCCCGUGGGCUGGACCAAUAAGAGCUAUUGCCAUUACUGUUCCCUUAGUUGUCAUCUCAGCAUUUGCAACGCUUUUCACAGUGAUGUGCCGCAAAAAACAACAAGAAAAUAUAUAUUCCCAUUUAGAUGAAGAGAGUUCAGAAUCUUCAACCUAUGCUGCGGCGCUCCAUGUGGAAAGGCUCCGGCCCCGGCCAAAAGUAUUCAUCUGCUAUUCGAGUAAAGAUUGCCAGAAACACAUUAACGUCAUCCAGUGCUUUGCUUAUUUCCUUCAGGAUUUUUGUGGCUGGGAGGUGGCCCUGGAUUUAUGGGAAGAUUUAAAGAUUUGUAAAGAAGGGCAGAAAGAAUGGCUUAUUCAAAAAAUCAAUGAGUCUCAGUUUAUCAUCAUCGUGUGUUCCAAAGGGAUGAAAUACUUUGUGGAAAAAAAGAACUGGAAGCACAAGGGAACAAGCAGAGACAUUGGGAAAGGAGAACUCUUUCUAUUUGCAGUGUCUACCAUUGCAGAGAAGCUGCGUCAAGCAAAGCAGAAUUCAGAUGACCUCUGCAAGUUCAUUGCAGUCUACUUUGAUUACUCCUGCGAAGGUGAUAUUCCUGGCAUUCUGGAUCUAAGUACAAAGUACAAGCUCAUGGAUAACCUGCCUCAGCUUUACUCUCACCUACACUCCAAAGAUCUCAGCUUUCAAGAUUCAGAGGUGUAUCCAGUAAAUAUUAGCAAAAGAAACUAUUUCAGGAGCAAAUCUGGCCGUUCCCUUUAUGUUGCCAUUUGCAACAUGCACCAGUUAAUUGAUCAGGAGCCAGAUUGGUUUGAAAAACAGUUCAUUCCAUUUCCUCCACCUCCUUUACAUUAUCAAGAGCCUGUCAUGGAAAAAUUUGACUCAGGCUUGGUUUUAAAUGACUUGGUGAAUAAGCAUGUGACUGAAGGGGAUUUUUAUCUGAAAACAGAUGCAAAUUCUAUCCCUGCUAUAAAUUCAGACUCUCCAUGUAUAAUUCAGCACUUAAACCUUGGAGAAGAUACAGAGACUCGGGAUAUUCAAGAUGGUGGCUCUGUUCUUCAGCCGCUGUUGCACGUUGUAAAAGCUGCCAAUCUCCCAGACAUGCCAAGGGAUUCUGGAAUCUAUGAUUCUUCUGUUCCGUCAUCUGAGUUAUCUCUACCUUUAAUGGAAGGACUUUUGACAGACCAAACUGAAACCUCUUCCAUUACAGAGAGUGUCUCAUCAUCUUCAGGAUUAGGGGAAGAAGAGCCUCCUGUAAUCACUAUCACAAAAUCUCUAGUGCCUGGAAUUUGUAAAGCAGAACUUCAUUGCCACAUCCAUACUGAUGAACUGCAGGCAAUUGCACCUUUAUAACUUGUUACAAGAACGGUAUGCAGCGCCACUUUAUCAACAGCCUGUGUUUGUGCAUCAGCCACCGCAUUAUCCAAGCACUAAAUCUACUUGAAGAAACAAAUAUUCCCUGAAGGAGAUCUGCCAUUCUUAAGGGAAUUUGUGGCCAGUAGACUUUUACCUGUUGGUCCCUUUUAUGAUCUGAAAAUACAACAUUGAGAUAAUUUAAAGUAUAUUUUGAAAUUCCAGCUAUUACCAGCUUAAAUCUCACAGAAAUGAUACUGUUUAUAAAGAUAAUUAUAAAAAAUAUUUUUUGUAUUUUUUUUAAAUUUCUGAUUGAAAAUAAAAUAACUGGUUGCAUGUGGCAUGGAAUGUUAACCACCUUACAUUUUGUAGGAGAACCUCUGGUUUAAAAUGCUGAAAUAUUUGAUGGCAGGAAUGUGUUAGAGAAUGAGCAGGAAGAUUUUUGUACAAAAAGUCAUAAAAUGCCAAAAGUGGAUCUAGUGAUUCUCCAUUACAGAAAUAUUCCUGGUUGUCCUUAGCGAAAUUUUACCUCUUCUUCCACCUCCUUUGGCUCUCCAGAAAGUUAAUCUAUUACAGUCAAAAGUAAAAUCGUUUUCCCCCAUCUAAAUUUUGACAUGGAUGCAAGGGGAACAUGUUCAUUGACUCUCAGUUUUGCCAGGUCAGUCCAAGUGUGGUACAGUGGAAGUAUACAGAACAAAUAUAUUUGUUGGAUUUUCUGAUAUUUUUGUCAAAGUGAACUGUUACUUAGAAACCUUUGCCUUCAGGUUUAAUUAAUUCUUUUUAAAGUUUUUGGUUCUUUCUGAUUUUAAGAUGAAAUUUCUUUUGCACAGGUGUGUUUCCAAUUUGAGCUUACUGUAUUAUCAGGGCUAUGUUUCUAACUACUCUAUUUAAGAAUGCUGCAGCCGGUGAGGGGUGAAUACUACAAUGGAUGCAGUAGGUAAAGCUGUUUUGCUAGCCUCUCCAUAGCUAGGGUAAUAUAUUUGGAUUUCUUAGAUGCCAUUAUCCAUAAGCUUUUAUGAUCUAUCUCAAACGAGACCAUUGUAACUCAGAAAUGUCAUUUAUAUAGCAGACACAAAUAAUACAUUUCCACACCCUGACUGAAAUAUGCAGUGGAAAUGCAGUUUUCUGCCUUCCUGGAAGGAUUGAUAAGAGGAAAGAUAUAAACAUUGAUCAGAGGAAAGGGACAUCAAAUCUUAUUCCGUGUCUAGUGCCAGCCCUGGGAGGAAUGUGCCAGUUGAUGGAUAUAAAGUUACUUCAUCAAACAGUACUGCUUCCCUUUCAUCUGGGUAAAGCAAAUUGCAGUAUGUAGUUACCAGGAGUGACUGGCUAACUGUACUCAACUGCCACUUGACAAAUGCAAACAGGUUAUUUUGGAGUUCCUAGUACUAAAAAUUUCCAAGUAAAUAGUAUCAGUAUCCAUUUAAAACCAAUAUCAUAUUAAAUAGAAUUCCAGUUAUGAAUGGAUCUAGUCCUAUUAAUCUAAAGAAAGUAGCAUGUUGGGUCUUUCUGUUGCAAUGAUGAUUUAGUUGGGUCUUUAGCCAAGAAAUCCUCACUGCUUCUAGAAAGUAAUUUAAUAAGAGAAAUCAAAUUGUAUAGUCACAGAUCUAGGCAUUGUUAUAAUAUAAACAGUAAAUAAUAGUAAAGGAUUACCUGUUCAGAUUUGUUUCCUUAAUUUAUUAACUCGAUGUCAAAUUCUGACGAAAUUGCACCCUGGACAGUGCUGUUGACAUGGGAUUGUUAUAGUUGUAAAUCAGGGUAUGAUCAGUUUGUCAAACGCUAACUCUCUUUCUAUAUUAAUGUAUUAGUUUAGCAAUUACAGUUGUCAAAUUAAAUAGUUAAUGUUAGUGCCUUAGUCUAAUGAAUAACUGAUGCCAUUAAAUACAACAGCAAUGACAUUCCUUAGAAUUUUUUCUGGAAAUGGAACUUUGUCUCUGUACAGGUUCACUCUGAUCUUUACUGUUGGGAUUUCAUUAUGGCUGGGAAUCAGUAACGUCUUCACAUGCAAAGAGAAAUGUCCUUUACAACUUUUGUGCAUAAAACUUUAUAACACAUUUAAGUACAAUGAACAUUGGCAGAACCCAACACACUUUAACUUUGGUAUGAUACAGAACUAUAGCAUAUUGAGAGAGAGAUGCAUAAGCCUGUAUUUAUUUACCUUGAUCUUCGUGGGCUGUUGUUCACUGUCACUUUUCAGGAAGUGAAUACUUUAACUAGCAAGGCUAAAAUGACAGUGAUCUUGUGUAUUUAAAUAGAGCAUGAACUUGCCAAAAGCCAGAAAGAGACAACUGCACAUGAUUUUACAUCUCAUGCCAUGAGCUGUUCUGAAAACAAGAUUUUUAAAGUUGUACCAACCUUUGGAAGCUUAAAAAUACAUAGAACAAAUUAGGAUGGGUAAUGUAAGAAUAAAUCCUUGCUCAGCCAGUUCAGUUGUGGAGGAACCUGACUUGGUGUGAUUUGUGUAUUUGCAUUUGGCCAUUCCCAAGCCCCAGCACAAAGAGGAAUGAGAAGGAAGGGUGAGACAAAGGAAAAAGCAGUGAUGAUGGAUCCGUCACUGCACAGCUGUACUAUUCUCUUCUGUAUGUACUGCCUGCCUCAAGCUUGCUGUUGUAGCUGAGGAAGAGCUUCUUUGCUAUUCUGUAAAAUGAGGAAUUUGGCUUUUCCCACUAGAAAUCUCCAGCUCACAGCUUGUUUUGGGCUAGGAUAAAGAUCUGAACUCCAUUAGAAACUAUAGCAAAACUCCCAGGGUUUCACUGAGCUUUUAACAAGCAGAGUUAUUUUAAAGUUUGACUGAUAAAUCCUGUGGAAACUAAUAUUUGUAUUUUCUUAUGAAUUUGCUGUACAAUCCUUCAAAUCAUAACCAUCUCUUAAAGCAGUAUCCAGUCUAUGGAACUACUCCAACCAAAUUUAUUUCAGUCAAAUAUGUUUUUCCUGUCUGAGUAGAAGGUGGAAGGCUCAUUUGGAUGCCUUUGGCAUGGGGUGGGAAGAGGACAGAGGGGAACUGUUUUGGUCAUACUAUACAGAUGGUAGAAAAACAGGCGUACCUUCUUGGAGUUUGGUUUUUAGUACAGGGAGUUACAAGAUGGGAAAAUAUUUUUUUUCUUUGUAGUGAAUUUUUAAAAAGUUGACCACUCUGAAGAAUAUUGUGUAUGUUUUAGGGAGGCAGAGAAUUUUUCAUGUAUUUGUAAGAAUUCUGUUUUCCCCCUAAGAGAUCACCAACAAAAUGUUUUGUAAAAAUAUUAAGAAACCAAAUAUGUUAAUAUUUUAGACAUUAGCUUACUACUUUUUUCAUGUGUUUAGUAAAAUCUAAGCAGAAUGUAAAUGGUAAAAGAAUUCCUCUUGUUUCUGCUUGAUUCUACAAGUAAGUGGUAAUGCAGUAACUUGGAUAUGUUGAUAACAUGUUUUUCGGAAGGGUGAAAAAGUAGUUGAAAGGUAAAAAUGCAAGACGUAGCUGCAUGUUCGACAUAUACAUUGAAAAAUAUAGCUGUUACCAUAUUUUGUACAUGUAUAUGAACUGUUGAUAAUAGACAGCAGCUGAUAUUUGCAGAAAUUUACUUGUUAUGGUACCAUAAUCUAGAAGUUAAACAGCAAA